CAUCAAUUUUCAGACGUCAAUUACUACAGAUUUUUAUACGUGAUAUACAUAAUUUCAAUUUGAAGAACAUAUAGAUAUAUAAAUCACUAUUCUUACACGUGUUUAUAAUAAUUAGUUUAUAUGCGGUAGUUAUUAUAUAACUACUUAAUCGUUAAUUGCAAAUUUAUAUUGUAAGCAUUAUAGAAAGUGAAAAGUAGAAGAAAGAACAAUGAUUCGGCCCAAUAGAAAUGUCGUAUUAAAUUUUCAUAGAAAUAUAAAAUUUAUUAAUAAAUUAUCAACAUCAACAUCACCAGCUACCACUACAAUAGCAUUAAACAAGUUUAAAAAAGUUCAAACAAGUUAUAAUCAAAAGCGUUUUCAAACAACUGAACCUGAUUUUAAUUUAAAUAAAAAUUUAAAAGUUUGUUCAAAUCACGGGUAUAUUAAUGCAUCACCUUUUGAAACCAUUUACGAUCCUAAUCUUACUUUAGAUCAAUACGUUUGGAAAAAUUUAAAACGUUGGCCAAAUAAAAUUGCUGCAGUGUGUGUUUUAACUGGCAGAAAGUAUACUUUUGCGCAAUUAAGAGAUGCUUCAGCAGCAUUUGCAGUUAGAUUACAAAAAAAGUUUAAACUUCAACCAAGAGAUGUUUUAGCAGUAUGUCUUCCAAAUUUACCUGAAUAUCCAAUAGCUUCAUUUGGAGCCCAUGAAGCUGGUUUAGUUGUGACGACCGUAAAUCCUAUUUAUACAGCUGAUGAAAUCGCUCGCCAAUUAACUACUAGUAACGCUAAAUUAAUUAUUUGUAUUCCGUUAAAUUAUGAUGCAGUUAAAAAAGCUUGUGAAAUUUCAAAAAAAAAUAUUCCAAUUUUAUGCAUUCCAUUUCUUGGUGAAAAACAACCGCUACCAGAAAAUACAAUAAAUUUCUUUGAUAUGAUAAGUACAAAAGGAAUUAAUCUUAGUGACUUAACACCAAGUGGCAUAACUCCUGAUGAUAUAGCAUUUUUACCAUUUUCAUCUGGUACAACUGGUUUACCAAAAGGUGUAAUGCUAACACAUCGAAAUAUUACAAUAAAUUGUGAAAUGGUGCAGGCAAAAGUUCCAGUUGAAACUUAUGUUCAUGAAACUACAAAUACAUUCCAAGAUAUAAUACCAUGUGUCCUACCAUUUUUCCAUAUAUAUGGUUUAACUGUUUGUAUGAUAUCAAAAUUAUAUUUGGGAUGUCAAUUAGUAACGAUACCAAAAUUUACCCCAGAAGAUUUAUUGAAAUCUUUAGUUGUUUAUAAAGGAACUAUGUUAAAUUUAGUACCACCGAUUUUAUUGAUGUUAACGAAUGUACCUACUGUUAAGACUGAAUUUCUAAAUUCUGUUAGAUCUGUAAUGACCGGUGCAGCACCUAUUGGUGGAAUGGAUGCGAUAAGAUUUUUGGAAAAAUUUCCAGAUGUUCAAUUAAUACAAGGUUAUGGUUUAACAGAAACAUCUCCAGUUGUUAUACUAACACCAAUUGGUAAUAAAAAUUAUUCUUCAGCUGGAUUUUUAGUUUCUAAUACAGAAGCGAAAAUUAUAGAAUUUAAUGAUCCUUUAGCUAAAGGUUUAGGUCCAAAUAAAACUGGUGAAUUAUGUGUACGAGGUUCACAAAUAAUGAAAGGUUACUUAAAUAAUGAAGAAGCAAAUUCUGAUAUAUUUUUACCUGAUUCAUGGUUAAGAACUGGUGAUGUAGCACAUUACGAUAACGAGGGUUAUUUUUAUAUAACAGAUCGUAUGAAAGAAUUAAUUAAAGUUAAAGGUUUUCAAGUGCCGCCAGCUGAACUUGAAGAAGUAUUACGAUCUCAUCCAAAAGUGUUAGACGCUGCUGUUUUUGGUAUUAAUGAUGAAAAAACAGGAGAAGCUCCACGUGCAGUUAUAGUACCGAAAAAGGAUGUAAAUGUGAAAGAAGAAGAAAUUUUGAAUUAUGUUGCAGAAAAAGUAGCACCUUAUAAACAAUUAACUGGGGGUAUAGUAUUUGUAAAAGAAAUACCAAAAAAUCAAGCUGGAAAAAUCUUAAGAAGGGAAUUAAAAGUAAAAUUUCCAGCAAAAUAAUAUUUUAAAAAUAUUAAUUUUAAUUUUUCACUAUAAAUAUUAAUGUGUAUGUAUAUAUGUUUACAGUGUACUGUUUUUAUAAUUAAAAUAUUUGUUAAAUUUAAGUUUUUCUUAAAUUAAAAGUUUUUAU